GGGAGAUGGUUUCCCCCCCUUUCUGCAAGCAGGCGGUGAUUGCCACUGAACCCUGGGGCUCGGGGCUUUGAGAAGAUCAUCGAAUGCAGCCUUGAACCGGCGGGAGAGGAGCGGUGCCCGGCCUUGCUGCAGGACAGGCGGUGAGGAGGCUGUGUCACAGGGAGAGGAGGGGACAGGCAGGACGUGCCAGGCGCAGUGCUCACCGCUGCUGCAGCAGCUCCCAGCUGGGGCUAGCCGUGAGCAGCUCCUGUUGCACGGCACUGGGCGAUGGACCUCCGGGCAGGGCAAGAACCCAUCAACGUGCUUGGGGUUGUCUUAGGUGUCGGGCUGGCCUUGCUGAUCCUGGUGCUUUUUGGCUACACCUUCAUCCAGUGGUACCAGAGGGGCCAGUGCUGGCACCGGCCUGACUUGGUCUUCAACCUCUACCAUACCUGCGGGCUGGGGUCAGUGGCGGUGGAGCUGGUGCCGCCAUUCAGCAUCAGUGGCUUGCUGAGCAGGACGGGAAGCAGCUAUGUGCCUUUCCAGGACCGGGGGCCAUGAGGCGGAAGCCAGGCUGGUGUGCGGAGCUUCUCCAGCUGCUCCCUGCAGGUGCAUUUCUCUUGCUGGCCCUCCCCUGCCACAGGCAGCACAGGUAGGUGCCGGAGGUUGGCUGCCAUCCCCAGGCUGGUGCACUGGCCCAGCCUCCCCUUGCUUGAGAUGGAGGAGGAGGGAGCUGCCUUAUCCCACACUUCCUCAGCACACAUCCUGGAGAGAAAAGACACCUUCCCCACGGACCCCCACAGCUCAGAGAGACCCCAGUCCUCAGGACCAGCCAGCUGCAUGCCCAGGCUGUUGGUGAACAGGGCAGUGGGAGUGCAGGAAACCAGCUAAAAAGGACAGCAAUGAGCCACAGAACUGGACAGCUGGUCUUGUGCAACAGGGGAAAAUGCCAUAGGGAAAUGAGACUGCUUCAGACUUCCCUCCUCGGUUGAAUAUCUAGACCAAUGUGGAAAUUUGCCCUCCGCACUGAUGGUGCAAGCAAACACCUCAGAAAGCCCCUGUGGGCUUUCUCAUGCCAGCCGCCUUCAGCCUCGGCAGAGCAAGCAGCCGUGGAAGCGCCUGGAGCACAAGAGCAGCCCUGGCAAAGCUGCUGCGGCCCUCAGAGAGGGAUCCCUGCCUGGCAGAGGAAGUUGGAAAAAAAGAAAGCAAAAAGCCCCAACCCCCAAAAUACCCAGAGGCAGAAGAGAUGGUGGAAAUGGAAAGGCAGGAGGAUGCACACAGCUGGCAUUGGCAGCGCCGGUGCAGCGGGGCGCCUGUCGCAGCCGGGCCCUCUGCAUGAUGCAGGGAGCUUAUCUUAAGUGCAAGUAGUGCAACGUCAGAUGUAACAGAAGGAAAUGUAGCAAUGCAUCAACAACCCUUCUCCUGACUGCAGUGAUUCAUGUUUUCACCUGGAAAAAAGUACUCUCCGAGCUGGGUUUCCACCAACAGUUUUAAUGGGACUAUCCUGCCGUGAAGGUUCUUGGAAACUAAGCGGCUUUUGGAAAAACUCUCCAGUGACCUGGUAGUAGUCAAAUGUAGCCCACGGUAAGUCGUUCCUGUUCUGACAGAAACUAUUCCCCCACCCCCUGGUUUCGACUUGUUCUGCUGUGCCCUGGAAGUGCUCCUGUCCUUCCCUGGUGCGUGGUCCACCCACGGGACGUGCCGCACGCACAGCACGUCCCUGUGAAAUCACCGCAAGCUGCCUGGGUCUUUUUCCCUGCUGCUCCUCUAGUGCACACUCCCACAACACAACACUCACCUGGGACAACUACCCUGGUCCUCAGAUGAGUGUGAAGCUCUCAGUGGGCUGGCUUUGUUCUCCUGUUUUGCCAGUUGAGAGGUGGAAACACUCUUCCCUGUGUGAGGUAAAGGCACGUUGCCCUUUGCUGCAGGGCAGAGUCCAUGGCUGAAAACGGAAAGCGCAGCUUGACCUUAGAAGAGGAUGCACAGAUGAAUGGACCAAAUAAAUAACACCACAUCCUUUCUGUAUUUACAAAUUAAAUAGAAUAAAUAACGUCUGUAUGCAAUA